CUUUUUUCUUCUUGGAACUUAAUCUCUUUUUAUCUCUUUUUGCCUCUCUCUCUCUCUCUCUCUCAUUGUUUUGCCUACGUAGUGUAUCUCGCAAUUGAUUAAGUGCUUGUGUCGUGGCUAUUUGUUGUGUUAUUGUUGGUGGUGGUGCUAAUUGAACUGAGUCUAGAGUAUGACCAGGAGGCAUACAUUGAUUGUGAAACUUAAGAGAUCCAGCACCGGUAGACCAUGGGGCAUAAGGAUCGCCGGAGGCGCAGAUCUGGGCACGCCGAUUGUUGUCACCCGCUCGGAGAACGAGGCGCUCCAGAAGGGUGACAUGAUCAAGAAAAUUGACGAUUACGACGCGCGUGAUGUGAGGCAUGUAGAUGCACAGAAUCUCCUCCAAAACUCCGAUACCAUAAAGCUAGUUAUCGAAAGGUCUGAGCCAUCGAGAGUAUCAUCACGUACAACCACCGACACUACUAUCACCACGUCACCAUCAUCACCCACGAUUUUCAGGCCGAUCGUUGGCAACGGGGCUGCGGCCACUAGUCUAUACAAACAACCGAAAGAGUAUCCGCAAGAAUUACCGAAGAGCCCAAUUCGGCCGCCUUCGGUCGAGGAGUAUAGGUCAACGCCAACUCCGGAAUACUCUGUUCGCAGUACGAUCAUUAUGCCUCAUGAACACCUCGACGAAAUUCGCGAGGAAAGAGUUCAUCUGUCGCAGCCCUACCGUACGACUCCUUUGGUCUUGCCAGGUGCCAAGGUCAAGAAGGAUGCUCCUCUCGGUGAAUGCUACCUGCGACAUCAUCCGAAUCCGAUGAUCAGGGCGGCACCCCAUCAUUACGAGCCCGCUCAUCCUGAAGUUGCUAUGAAGCAAAAGGUGGCAGAAACAGUACUACAGCGUGUCGUGGGACCGAAUGAAGUUCCAAAGAUUGUCCACAAGCAAUUCAACUCGCCGAUCGGACUUUACUCGGAUCAAAACAUCGCAGACACUAUCAAAUGCCAGGCAUCCGCCAUACCCAUUUUCAUAGAUUUUUCCUUCGUGAAACAGAAACAGGAAAUACAGGAGCAAGCGAGAAUCUUGAAAGAGCAGGCGAAGGCCGCCGCUUCGAAGAAUGUGUGGCCACAAUUCAAUAAACCAAAUUAAAAAUUGUCGAGAGACGUUCGAGACGUUUUCCGAUGCUUCUCGUACGUCGGAUCUACGACGGCAGAGUUUCCCGGUUUUCACGUGGAUCAUUGGGCACGUUCUCUUAUUAAAAUAUAGCAAAUUAUGCAUUCGUGUCUGUGGGGAUUGUUAAAUUAUUAACAAAAUGUUGUAAUACAUAGAGUUUAAUGAGAAAACAUUUUAAAUAACAAAUACGAAAAAUUGAGAUUGUUGAAAAUAUUAAAUUAAGAAAUAAUUAUCACAAGUCAACAGAAAUAUUUUGGGUAUUCAUUUAGUUAACAAUUUAAUCAUUCGCGCGAUGCUGUCAUUAAAAUGAACACUCACAAUUGAAUUAUUCAAACGCAAAGAAAGUCUUUCUUAUUGUUAUCGAUAUUUUCACUUAAUAUGAAUAAUUAAUUUAAAUGAUUAAUUUAAUUGCCGAUAGAAUUUAACAUAGCGAACGUGGCCACUGAGUGUACAAGUCCCUCGAAAUGAUUGUGCGAUUAUUAUUUCGGGUUAGUUUGCCGUUCAUAUUACGUAUAUUACAUAGUAGAAAUCGUAGGCAUAAACUAUUUGACAAAAUUAUAAAUUUCGUAAUGUUUCCGCGAAUCCGUGCAAAAAAAGCUUUUCCUUUAGCAGUAAAUUCUUGCAUGUAGCAGAGUAGUGAAUAAUGAAUAAUGUGAAUACAGUAGUUGAGAUUAUGUGAGAAUAUCUACUAACUUCGUCGUUUUUUUUUUUUUUAACGAGUGUUCAUAUGCUUGUAUCGUAGAUACCGUGCACGAAUAAUUCGAGACGACUUUUGAAAAUUGCGCCAUUAGAAAUCUAUUUUUGUCGCAUUUUUUUGGAAUGACGAGCAGAAAAUUUAUGGGAAGAAAAAUAAUUUGAAAAUUAUAUUUGUAAAAAUAAAAAAUAUAUUGAGAGCAUCUUUUUUAAGACAUUUUCCUCAUUUUUUUUAU